CCUACCUUGGCUACCUACCUACCUACCCACCUACCUACCUGGCACAGAAACGCUGUUGUUCUCUCUUGUCCUCUUUGGGAUGCUUUACUAAAUGCAAACCGCAGUCCGGGCUCAUUGUCCACUGUGUUUCACUUGAAUGAACUGGUCCAGCAAGUUAUUUCUGGGCUGGUGACACAGAGCUCCAUAUCGAUCUGCCAGGAUACACCUACUGCACGCACGGACACUGCGUCCGUAGAGACAGUCCUCCUGUCUGUUCGCAUUCUCUUCCUCACUCCGAGUGAAAGUCCUCGGGCACAGCCAUGAGGUGCUUCGCCGCGUUUCUGAUCUUUGUCCACGGUGUUGGAUUUAUUGUGUGUAAACCCUCGUCACCCUGUCCGAGUGGACAGUUCCUACUGAAGAGCCAGUGUGUCCUCUGUCAUCCCACCUGCUUUGAGUGCGACGGGCACGAGCUGUUUGAUUGCACUACCUGUGGAGUUGAUGAAGAUGGACAGGAACGUUUCCUCCACCAAGGUCGCUGUCGGACACACUGCCCCCGGGGACUCUAUCCUGACAGGGGUCACUAUGUCUGCCUGCCCUGCAUAGCCAAUUGUGAACUGUGCACAGACGGGAACAUAUGUGCUAAAUGUCGGGAGCACUACAAGCUUCAGAAUGGGGUGUGCCAAACAGCGUCCUGUGACUUAGGGCAGGUGCAGGACCCUGAUACAGGAGAGUGCAUUGACUGUGAGAUGGGCUGCAAAACAUGCUCUGUAGAAGACCCAGAGAUCUGCAACAGCUGUGUUGAAGGUUACUUUCUUUUCAGACACCAGUGUCGCAGGCAUUGCCCUCAGAGCACCUAUGAGGACCGGGUCCGGGGUGUGUGUCUGUCCUGUCCAACACCAUGCACAGACUGCAGGAGUAACACACGCUGCCUUGCUUGCCAGUCGGGUUACUACCUCAAUGGUGUUGAGUGUAUCAAACAGUGCCCGCAGCAAACCUUCAGUGACUCCAGUGGGUGGCGCUGCCAGCUUUGCCACAGCUCAUGCCAGACAUGCCAUGGACCUCGAUCAACAGACUGUGACCUUUGUCGUGGAAGGAACUCUCCCCUGCAUGGACAGUGUCCUCUGGUAAACUGUCCGUUGGGACAGUAUUACGAUGGGCAAUACAGCGAGUGUCAUGCUUGUGAUGCAUCCUGUCGGACCUGCUUUGGCCCUCAAGCACUGGAUUGUUCCUCUUGUUUUAAAGGAUAUUUCCUGGACCAGGACAGUUCCUGUGUAGCACAGUGUCCGUCCGGCUCCUACGCCAACUCUGCCAGUCAGUUGUGCGAAGACUGCUCUCAAAACUGUGAUGCCUGCGUGGAUACCAGCGAUAACUGCGUCAGCUGCUCCAAAGGAAGCUACAAACUUUUCCUCCACCAGGGGCGAUGCUGGUCCGAGUGUCCAGAAGGCUUCUUUGAGACUGCAGAGGGCUCAUGUGAACCAUGUGAUGCCUCCUGCCUGACGUGUGAUGGCAUACAGUCGCAGUGUCUGUCCUGUGCUGAUGGCCACUACUUGGAGAGCGGCACAUGCAGACUCAAUUGUUCACUGCAGACAUAUCCUGCAGAUGAUGGUACCUGCAGGCGCUGUCCUCCACACUGUGACGUCUGUUCGGAUGACAGAACCUGUUUCAAAUGCACUUUCCUCUACCUGAUGCUCAACGGUGUGUGUAAAGCUAGUUGUCCUCUGGGUUAUUACGAGGACAUGGAGGAGGGCCGCUGUGGUCAGUGCCAUCCUACUUGUGGCAGCUGCUCGGGGCCCUUGGCAGAUGACUGUGAAAGCUGUUCAACGUUUAGUCCGAAACUCUACAAGGGUGAAUGCUCCAAAGACUGCCCGGCUGGAACUUACUAUGAAACUGAAGCACUGGAAUGUCAAGAGUGCCACCAGACGUGCAAGAGCUGCUCCGGCCCAGAAGCAAACCAGUGCACCCAGUGUGAGAAGGGACUGGUACUGGAUCCAAACACUCUGUUGUGUGGUGUGACGGGUGACACGGACUGCCCAACAAGAACCUACCUCCACGAAGACCAGUUCACCUGCAUGGGUUGUCACCGACACUGUUACUCUUGUGAGGGGCCGGGCAAUGAUGAAUGCCAGACCUGUGCUGUCCCCAGAUACCUUCAUAACAGCACCUGUGUGAGCGAGUGUCCAGCAGGUACUUUCAACACCAGGCAGGAGGCUGAUGGGACAGAGCUGGGAUUCUGUUCAGCUUGCGACCACGCCUGCUCCACAUGCACUGGAGUAUCAUCUAGAGAUUGCCUCAGCUGUUCUCCAGGAUAUCUGCGUCUCCUUCAGCUCUGCGUCACCCAUUGUCCCACUGGGUAUUACAGAGAGGACUCCCACUGUGAGAGAUGUCACCAUUCCUGUGAACUGUGUACUGGACCCGGGCCUGAGUCCUGCAGGGCCUGUCCUCCUCCUCUUCUGGAGCUACAAGGAACCAAACUGUGUGUCGAGCACUGCCCACACCGCUUUUAUCUGCUGGAUGACAUGUGCGAACAGUGCCACACCAGCUGUCAGACAUGCACAGAUGCCUCGCCUCAAGGUUGUGUGACGUGCGACUGGGGCAGCACUCUAAAAGACAAAGUCUGCUAUCCUCGGUGUGAGGAAGGACGGUACUUAUCACAAGAGGAAACCUGCAAGCCAUGUGACAUCUCAUGUAGGCACUGUAAUGGUCCCAGACCUGACCAGUGUCUGACUUGUCACCAUGAUUCUGCUCUUCAUGCUGUGGAGAACCGCUGUGCUCACUGCUGUCAGGCCGGAGGGAACCACACUGAUUGCUGUGUUUGCGACAGCCGCUCAGCCCUGUGUGUGGAGGCCCCAAAACCCAAGUCUGGACAGGAUGAGGAAGCAGACCUGAAAAUGUCAUCCAGAGGUCUGAAGCACACCACAGCCGCCUUGCCUGUUGCCCUGCUGCUCGCACUGGGGUUAGCUUUGGCUGUGUUUGCUUUAGUCAAGGCCAAGGCAAAGAAGAGGUUCUGCUGGAGCCAGAGCUAUGAGAGACUGAGCGGCAGCGCCAGCGUCAACAUGCCCCAUGGCGUCCCCGAGCCGGACAGUGGAGACGAGGUUGACGUGGUGUAUACCAGCAGAAAUGGAUCUGUGUACCGACGCUACAGCUUCAUCCAUGAGCAGGAUGGACAUGGAGACCAGGAUGCAGAUGAAGGCACUUGUCUUAAUUCAUCUUAGAGAAAGCUUUCAGUGACUGAGGAAUAUCAAGAUUGACAGGUACAUUUGAAUAGUUUCAUGUGUAGAAGAGAUUACAUUGUGCGUGGUUAUAUUAUUCGACAAAGUGCCUGUAUCUGUAUACGGCCCAUUUUUAGAUGAGGCAUGUGUGAGAAAACAGUGUAAUAAAUACAAACGUGUAUAUAUAUUAGUAGCUUUUAUGACUUAUUUUUGUCCUUUUUACUAGACACUAAAAAGAUAUUUGUUAAACAGUGAUAUGAUCAUGUAAAGUAAUUGAUAUCGACCAUAUUUGUUGUAAAUAUACAUGAACAAAAUAAAGACUUCGUUUUCAUCUGAUGCCUUCAGUGCACCUUGA